AUGUCUAACUCAGAUCCUCCAGCUACCCCGCCGAGACAUGGCGAACCUGUCCCUCCCAUCAUCCUAGCAGAAGCGGAAGCCGCAGCUGCAGCUGCCCAAAAGGAGGCGUCUGAUAGUCCAAGAGAGCCAAAUGUGUCCAAUUCUUCGCCGGAAGGGCAUAUACGGCAUCAUGGCGGCGUCUCUCCCCAUCUGGAGGAGGUCCCUCCACCAGCCUACAAUGGCGCCGACUAUGGGCAGCUAGACAUAAGUCAGAAUGGCCUCAACACAGGCGCACGGAUAGCCACUGAUGGCCGGGUCAAUAUCAACAUCAACCAGCACAAGGGCAAGCUCGCGAGCAUGCUUUUGCCUGCUCUGCGCCACCAGUUGGAGUUGUCGAGGCAGAAACCCGCAGCAGAGCCUCAAAUACCCGAGGGACUGGGAGACGAUCAUGAUGGUCUGCCUCCACCGCCCAUGAACAUUGUGAUUCAAAUCGUGGGCAGCAGAGGAGAUGUGCAGCCCUUUGUGGCAUUGGGUCAGGUGUUGAAGAACAAAUACAAGCACCGUGUGAGAGUCGCCACCCACCCAACGUUCAAACAAUUCGUCACAGAGAAUGGCCUGGAAUUCUUCAGUAUUGGGGGCGAUCCCGCCGAGCUCAUGGCGUUCAUGGUCAAGAAUCCCGGUCUUAUGCCCGGUAUGGACUCUCUCAAAAAUGGUGACGUGGGCAAGCGAAGAAAGGGCAUUUACGAAAUCAUCACUGGUUGUUGGAGAUCUUGCAUUGAGGCUGGAGACGGCAUGGGCAUGCCCGCAAGCGAUGACAAUAUGGAUACGCGCAGUUUUGACAGUGCAAUGUCCUUCGGCAUGGAUCCGACUUUGAAGCCCUUCGUUGCAGAUGCAAUCAUUGCCAACCCUCCAAGUUUCGCUCACGUUCAUAUCGCAGAGAAGUUGGGUAUUCCCCUGCAUCUGAUGUUCACCAUGCCAUGGUCGCCAACGCAGUCUUUUCCACAUCCUCUCGCCAACAUCAUCUCUUCGAAUACAGACUCCAGUGUCACAAAUUUUGUCACCUAUGCCUUGGUGGACAUGUUGACCUGGCAAGGUUUGGGAGAUGUUAUCAACAGGUUUCGGGAGAGAAGCUUGGGCUUGGAACCAGUGAGUAUCAUGUGGGCGCCCGGCAUGGUCAGCCGACUGCGCAUCCCCUGGACUUACUGCUGGUCUCCCGCUUUGAUCCCGAAACCAGCGGACUGGGGUAGCUAUAUCGACAUAUCAGGUUUCUUCUUCCUGAACCUAUCCACGAACUAUACACCACCACAAGACCUGGCAGAUUUCUUAGCUGCCGGACCGCCUCCUGUCUAUAUUGGAUUCGGCUCCAUCGUGGUCGACGACCCAAAUGCCAUGACUAAAAUGAUCUUCGAUGCCAUUAAAAAGACUGGCCAGCGGGCGAUCGUGUCCAAGGGUUGGGGCGGGCUUGGUGCCAACGAAUUAGGAAUACCAGAAGGUGUCUUCAUGAUUGGCAACUGCCCGCAUGAUUGGCUAUUCAAACAUGUGUCGUGCGUCGUCCACCACGGCGGUGCAGGUACAACUGCUGCUGGCAUCUUGGCCGGUCGACCAACGGUGGUAGUUCCAUUCUUUGGUGAUCAACCAUUCUGGGGUUCAAUGACCGCCAGAGCUGGGGCAGGCCCGGUGCCCAUUGCGUACAAGAACUUGAACGCUGAGAAGCUGGCGCACUCGAUCUUGGAGGCACUCAAGCCGGAGUCGCUUGAGCGCGCAAAGGAGUUGAGCACGAAAAUCAAGGCAGAGGAUGGUUGUGAGGCUGGCGCACAGUCCUUUCACAAGCAGUUGCACUUGUCGAACCUCAGAUGCUCUUUGGACCCGUCGCGGAUUGCCGUAUGGCGUGUAAAGAGAACUGAUAUUCGCCUGUCGCCGCUCGCAGCCACUGUCCUGGGGACUGAGGGUCUGCUGGAUUUCUCGGACCUAAAACUCUACCGACCUCGAGAGUAUGAGACGGAGGACGGCCCUUGGGAGCCAAUAUCAGGCGGUGCAGCUGCCUUGAUCGGCACUCUAGGGAAUCUCUCCAUGGGUAUCGCUGAUUUCCCCGUCGAGAUUCUCAAGUCUUUGAAAACGGCCUCGGGAGAAUUGAAAGAAAUCCACGAGAGACGUUCAAAUAGUGGUGUUUCUACACCCGUCAUGUCCCCAGAGCCCCCAUCUUCUGAGGUCGCAAGUGCGACAGAGGCAACCAUCACGCCUGUCCAAUCCGACCAGCCAGUUUCCUCAGGGUCAACCGCGGCGGCGGCAGCACCUUCAUCCCUUUCCACCGUCUUGUCGGCGGAUGGAUCAUCCAAAGUUUCCCACCAUCACCGGCAUCAUAGCUUGUCUCACCACCGAUCCCGCUCCCGCUCUGGUUCGCCGGCUGCAAAUGGAAACCAUGACCCCUGCGUCGGCGAAGAGGUCGGGCAAGUCUCGCUGGAAACUGCAAUCUCGGGCGCCAAAGCCGCUGGGAAAAUCAUUUCUGCUGGAGUCAAGUCACCCAUGGAUUUCACACUGUCUCUUGCGAAAGGAUUCCAUAAUGCACCGAAGUUGUACGGAGAUGACACCGUACGACAGAACGAAAAGAUUGUGGGUCUUCACUCUGGCUUGCGCGUGGCACGCAAGGAGUUCACAUAUGGCUUCUAUGACGGUAUCACGGGCCUUGUCACUCAGCCAUUAGCAGGUGCGAAGAAAGAGGGCGCCGCCGGUUUCUUCAAAGGCGCAGCCAAAGGCAUCGGUGGCUUGGUCCUCAAACCAGCGGCAGGCAUUUGGGGGCUCCCAGGGUACACUGCCAAGGGUAUUUACAGCGAGAUUUCGAAGCACUUUGGAAGCUCCGUGCAGAAUUACAUCAUUGCGGCUCGGACAGCUCAAGGUUUCGAGGAUUGGAAGAACAGCUCUCCAGAGGAGAGACAACGAGUUGUCACCGCCUGGAAAGAUGGCAGGCUGGAGACCCGAAAGCAUGGACAACUCUACGGCAACGACCGCAAGGUGGCAAUUGAAAGUCACAUAAUCACGAGGACCAACACGGACUCGGUUGAAUUGGUCCACGGAUUCCGAAAUACUCGACAUCUUAGCUGGGAUGAAAGAAAGGCUCUCGCUGAACGAAGGGAUCAAUUGAGGAAGGAAGAAAAGGAAUUGCAACGCCGUGAAAAAGAGAUUGAAAAGGAAGAGAGGAGAAAGAGCAAGAGCGGUGGCAAGAUCAAGAGUCGAUGCAAAUUUUGUCCAUUCGACCACGAAACCAGUCACCAUCUCAGGCACACCCAUUCUCUCUCCAGCCUGGACUCUUCACUCAGCCGUGACAGCACGGCCUCACAGUCCCAAGACAACCCCCUGACUGACUAUGAGCACGCAAUUAAGCAUUCCGUGAGUUCAACGAGUACGGGCAACCCACUGGAAGAUGCUGUCAUUGAAAGGGCGCUGCGAGCGAGUCUCCGGGAGCUGCACAGUUCAGGUCAUGAUCCGAACAAGUACUCAGAUGCAGCGUAUCAACAAGCCAUCCAAGCCAGCAUCCGAGAAUUCAAGAAAGCCCAAGAAGAACAUGCUCGACAGAACGGCGCCUUGUCCACUACCACGGAGAAGCCGGAGGAGGAGCAUGACGCCGAACUCGAAAAAGCUCUCGCCCAGAGUCUGGAAGAGCACAAGCAAACUCAGGCGACGAAUCCAGAGCUGGCGCAUGAACAUCACGGCCAUUUAGAUGACAGCGACUCUGGAGUUGACACCGACUACGACGAACGUUUCGUGCGCAAGCUUGAGGAGAGUAAAAAGCUACACACCGAGAACGAAUUAAAGAAGGAAGAGCUUACAGAACGUGAGGCCGCGCUUAGGGCCACGAAUGGACAGACAGAGCCGGUCACAGCAACCGAGGAAGCCAUAGUCGACGACACAGAGCAUGACGAGGAAUUACAACGGGCGAUAACUGCGUCGCAGGAGGAAGACAAGAGGCGCCAGGAAGAACUUACGAGAGAGAGAACAGAAGAAGAGAUUGUAAUGGAAUAUGUCAAGAAGCAAAGCCUCAUCGAGGAGGAACUGAGGAAACAGGGAGGAGGUGGUGGGACCACGGUGGCGACGGAGUAG